GUUUGCUCAUUAACCUCAUUUUUGUUCCAGUUUGUUAAACAUUCCUACCAUCGCAGAGAAAUAAAAAGAAAAAAUAAUAAUCCCAGGAGUACAAAGGAGUUUGUUACACUGUAAAAAAAAUGUGAAAAGGGGUACACUAUACAAUAAAAUACACAUGAAUUCUUGCCUUUGUUAAGCCACCCCUUCUUGAAUAAUAGUACAGUCCACCCAGCCAGAACAACUGCUCAGUGUGAAUUGCAAGGAUCAGAGUGCACAGAGUUCCAGUGAGAUAGGAGAGGUAAUGUAAUUAUAGUAAGAUCAGCUCACUGCAUUACAGUCUAAGGCAGCAGCAGAAGUUGCAGAAGCUGCUGUGCUACAUUUCUACGGGUGGUUCCAGAAGCAGUGCUAUUUCUGCAGAUUCCAUCCAAUCCUCUCUACUGUUUUUUACAAGGCUACCAGCUGAGGAAACAACAUGUUAAAGGAUAAAAAGAAGAACAUUGCCAUCAGCAAAGAAAAGAAAACCCGGACUGAGGUGUUACAUGGUUUUAUCCAGCCCAGAUAAAGUUGUGAAUUCAUGGACCCUUUGCACUUGCACAGGACAGGAAAGAGUUAAAAAUCACAUGGAUACGCAAAGGGCUCUCCUUUAAACUCUGGGAUUUGAACUUGUUCCUAUUUGCCAUUUGAGGGGAAAAUUAAUGUUGAUUAAACACUGAUGGCCAGCUCCUCGAUUCUGCAUGUGUUGGGACUGCUGUUCACUAUAUCUAAAUGUAUGGUUCAGGGUCAGGUGGAUUCUGAUGAUACCGUUACCAUGGAGGAACAGAUAUAUCUUCUUUUAGAAGCAAAAGUACAGUGUGAACUUAAUAUUACAACACAACUGCAAGAAGAAGAUAGUAACUGUAUGCCUGAGUGGGAUGGACUGGUUUGUUGGCCCAGAGGAAGACCAGGGAAAAUACUUGCAAUCUCUUGUCCUUCAUAUGUUUAUGACUUUAAUCACAGAGGUCUUGCCUAUAGGAGAUGCAAUAUCAACGGCACUUGGGAUUUUGUUCACAGUUUCAACCGAACAUUUGCCAACUACUCCGAAUGUCUACGUUUCUUAGAACCAGAAAUGAGCCAAGGAAAAAGAGAGUUUUUUGAGCGUCUUUAUGUCAUGUACACAGUGGGAUACUCUAUCUCUUUUUGUUCCUUGGCAGUUGCUAUAUUCAUCAUUGGAUACUUCAGGAGAUUGCACUGUACCAGGAACUACAUCCACAUGCACCUGUUUGUAUCCUUCAUGCUAAGAGCUGGGAGUAUCUUUGUUAAAGAUAAAGUGGUUCAUACACAUAUAGGAGUGAAAGAACUAGAUGCGGUUCUAAUGGGGGAUCUUAGAAGUAUUAUGGUAUCCCCAGUGCUGGACAAAUCUCAAUAUGUUGGAUGUAAAAUUACAGUUGUAAUGUUCAUUUACUUUCUGGCAACAAACUACUAUUGGAUCCUUGUGGAAGGACUCUACUUGCACAGUCUGAUAUUUGUGGCCUUUUUUUCCGACACCAAAUACCUGUGGGGAUUCACGCUUAUAGGCUGGGGAUUUCCAGCUGUAUUCAUAGUUAUAUGGGCAGUGGCACGGGCAACCUUAGCAGAUGCCAGAUGUUGGGAACUUAGCGCAGGUGAUAUCAAAUGGAUUUAUCAAGCCCCAAUACUGGCUGCUAUUGGGUUAAACUUCAUCUUGUUCCUGAACACAGUGCGGGUUCUUGCAACUAAAAUCUGGGAAUCAAAUGCAGUGGGUUAUGAUACCAGGAAACAGUACAGAAAGUUGGCGAAGUCUACACUGGUUCUCAUUCUUGUGUUCGGUGUCCAUUACAUUGUGUUUGUGUGCCUGCCACACACCUUCACUGGCCUAGCUUGGGAAAUUCGGAUGCAUUGUGAACUUUUCUUCAACUCUUUCCAGGGCUUCUUUGUUUCAAUAAUAUACUGUUAUUGCAAUGGUGAGGUACAAACAGAAAUCAAAAAGACAUGGACUAGGUGGAAUCUUGCAUUCGACUGGAAAAGCACAACUCACUGCAGUAAUUUUAGAUAUGGUUCUGUCCUGACCAACAUGACCCACAGCACUAGCAGUCAGUCGCAGAUGGUAACCAGCUCUCGCAUGGUGUUGAUCUCCAGCAAAGUGAGUCGAAGUGUAAGCAAGCAGGGCGAUGGACACCUAAAUCUACCAGGGUAUGUCAGAAGCAACUCUGACCAUGACUGUUUGCCUCAAUGGAUUCAAGAAGAAACAAAUGAGGACGAAGAAAAGCAAGUUGAUGACAUAUCAUUAAAAGAAAAGCAGAGACCAUUGCAAAUGAGUGCCGAGGUAGAGGUCAACAGAAAUGAAAUAGAGGAAACAUUAUAGUUGGCGUCUCAGGAACAGGAUCCUGACUCUAUUUAGUCUGAAACGGGUAGAAACGAGUUGAAUGUUUGCUUUAUUUAUUUGUUUUAUAGAGAGGAGGACACUUUGCCUUUGGAAGUUCUUGACGCAUGGCUCCGUGAUUAGGUCAUUCACAUUGAGCAUGAUCAUGUUUAUAAGCAAUGUACACAACAUUUAUAAAAGCACAAAUAAUUCUAUUUGAUAAUGAUAAAUAAGUAUAAAUAACUUGAUCUGUAAGUAAAAUACAGUCUGUGAUGUAAGAUAUAUAUAUAUCCUGUAAACUAUCAUUAAAUGUCUCUAUAAAAGUUCAAAGUUAUUACUAAAUUCAGCAAACAUAUUAACUGGGAAAUUAUGAUAUACUACAUAGUAAAUGGAAUUUGGCAUAGCUAUACAAUCUAUUAUUAGCUGGAGGUACAAGGUGCAGAGCACUAAAGUGUGGAGUUGGCCUAGAGGUUAAGUGAUCAGCAUUUGAUAGGGGAUCUGGUGAACAAGUCACUUAAUCUCCUGGUGUCUUGGCACACUUAGGGGCAGAUUCACUAACUUCGAGUGAAGGAU